AUGCCCACGCUGCUGCCCCGAAGCACGUACAGCUCGCCUUGCCCAGACAGCCAAGACAGCCCGUCGGCUCCAGUAAAUGUCACAGUCAAACACCUGAAAGCCAACUCAGCCGUUGUGACUUGGGAUGUUCUGGAAGAUGAAGUUGUCAUUGGAUUUGCAAUUUCCCAGCAGAAGAAGGACGUGCGGAUGCUGCGCUUCAUCCAGGAGGUGAACACCACCACCCGCUCCUGUGCCCUCUGGGACCUAGAGGAGGACACUGAGUACAUUGUGCAUGUCCAGUCCAUCAGCAUCCAAGGCCAGAGCCCUGCCAGUGAGCCAGUCCUCUUCAAGACCCCCAGGGAAGCUGAGAAACUAGCCUCUAAAAAUAAAGAUGAGGUGACAAUGAAGGAGAUGGCGAAGAAAAACCAACAGCUGCGAGCAGGGGAAAUUCUCAUCAUUGUUGUCGUGUUGUUUAUGUGGGCAGGGGUGAUCGCCCUGUUUUGCAGACAGUACGAUAUCAUCAAAGAUAAUGAGCCAAAUAACAGCAAGGAGAAAGUCAAGAGCGCCUCGGAGAACAGCACUCCCGAACACCAGAGCGGAGGGCUCCUCCGCAGCAAGUUUCCAAAAAACAAGCCCUCAGUGAAUAUCAUUGAAGCGUGACAGCCUGCCAUCUGAUAGAUGGACUCCAUUCCUCACUCUCACUUUCUGCCUCUGAGCCUUGAUGACUAGGGAGGUGAAAUA